CCUGGUCUUUGGUAAAAAGGAAACCCCAGAUCAGAUACUACUUCUAUGGCCAAACCAGCCUUGUCUUAGUUAAACACAUUCAUAUUCAUAUCAUUUGAGCUCUUGGCCGACGGACGAUAUAUUAUUUUAUAUUAUAUUACUAAUAAUAUCACUCCGACUCCUAGGUCGUGUACGUUCGAGAGAGCACACAUUAAAACUACAGAAACCAUUCAAAUAAUUGUGUGGAGGAGAGAUGCCUUUUCUCCAUGGGUUCCGCAGGAUCGUUUUUGAGUACCAGCCACUAGUCGAUGCCAUUCUGGUGACUGUGGGGCUAGAGGAGGGAGCCAGUCGGGAUGAGGAGAGGUUUACUUUAAUCCGAGGCACCCAGCAGGUGGACCAGGGCUCUGUCUGCAGCUCCCUGGUGGAACUGCUGGACAGGGAGUCCACGUCCUCCGUGUUUGAGGAAGGGAUCAGCUAUGCUCUUUUUAAAGUGGCCGAACAGGGCCUUGUUUACGCAGCUGAGAUCCUGCUGCGCUACGGAGCCAAUCUGAACUUUGAAGACCCGGUGUCCUACUACAACCCGCUGCACAUCGCCGUGCUGAGGGGCCGGCCCAGCAUGGUGCGGCUGCUGGUGGGCCACGGGGCGGACGUCCAGAAGAGAGACCGGAUCCAUGAGAGUAGUCCCUUGGACCUGGCCAGUGAGGACUCGGACCGGCUGGCCUGUAUGCACACCCUGCUGGACAUGGGGGCGGAGGUGAACGCACAGGAUAAACUGGGUAAAACUGCUCUUCUGCACGCCCUGGCCAGCAGCGAUGGACUCACGGUGCACAACGCAGAGAACAUCCAGCUGCUUCUCCAGAGAGGCGCCGACGUCAACGCCACCACGGAGGCGGGCGAGUCGGCCGUGUCCUCGCUGGUCUUCCUCGUCAAAGAGUCCCUGGAGGCGGGCAGCGCGGAGGACGCCGCCCAGAUGGGUCGCUUCUGCGUGCGGGCCGCCGAGCUGCUGCUGGCCCACGGCACGGACGCCAGCCGCUGCCUCGUGGAGGACGGCGAGCCCUCGCUGACGCAGGCCAGCCUGGAGCACUUCGACCUGCUGCUGCCGCUGGCCACGCUGCUGCUGUACCGCGGCGCCGCCUUCGCCUGCUCCCGCCACGGCGCCGCCUGCUGGUCGGGCUCGGCGCUGCUGUUCCGGCGGCUGCGGAGCGUCCUGCAGCCGAGCGGCGGCGGCGGCGGCGACGAGGGCCGCGCCGCCGAGAUCCUGGAGCAGGCCGAGUUUGUGCUGGAUGCGGCCAGGGUGGACCACCCCUCGCUGCCGCCGCCCCCCGGGCUGGAGCCCCUGCUGCUGGGCGACGGGGCCGGCGCCCAGGGCCUGCUGGAGCUCCACAGGCGAGUGACGGAACAGGAGGCGAGCCCUCCGGCCCUGCGCUGCCUCUGUAGGGCCUUCUUGAGGAGACACCUCCAGCCCGGGCCCCUGGGUCGCAAAGUGAAAGCGCUGCCGCUGCCGGACCGCCUCAAAGACUUUCUGCUGCCAGAACACACAGCGAGUCUGAAGCCGAGCUGGAGGUCGUUCAGGCCCGUACACGCCUCACCGUGAGAGGUCCGUCUGUCUGCUCAGAGUGGGAGAAAAUCUGCUGUACAACGUAAAUGUUGCUGGAAUGUCUUAAUAAUAAUCUUAAAUUAACACUUGAUUAUUAAUGUAAUGAGCUACCACUGAGGCCUUUUUAGUUAGAAAGAUAAUGUGCCAUUUUACAUGUCCGUACAGGUUCACAAUCAGGUUCACAAUCUUCUCUUAGCAAUGCUGGGAUUUGUUAUGCAUAUGAUGUAAUUCUGUUUUAAUGACACUAGAUGGCACUGGGACUCUCAAAAUGCACACAUGACCGCUUUUCUUUUCCUCUUUCGUUCUGGUUUCAUCUUCUAGAUUUUGGAUAAUUUUCAGUGGCUAAAAUAGCAUCAGCAACAGCUGCCAAUUUAAACACAUGUCCAUUUUCCUCACAGUUGUGUUUUUACUGAAGAUGGGAAAAAUAUACCAGUUAUUCCCCGAUUGUAUUGUGGUCCAGUUUAAUGUGUAUCGUCCAUAGUCCUAUUUUCCAAGCAGCCAUGCAGCGGCACUGUAGCCUCGAACAUGCCUAGUGGUCUUUAGUUAUCUAUUAGGGAGACGAGGCUGGGUAAUUGGUGAUAUAUUUCUAACUUUCUUCCUCGAGGCGCUGUUCCACGUGGAGCCCAUGCUACAUGAAUAAGUGGUAUUUUCAUAAUAAUAAGUAAUAAGUCAUAAUGAAUUGCAUGUACAUGAGAAAUAAAGUCAUACAUAUUGUGA